AUGUGUACGAUCCCACUCGUAAAUGUAUGCAAUUUCUGUAAUCGUCGUGGACUAGAUUGUGAAUCAGUGCGCGUUUGCUGUUGUCAGUCCUGCCAACGCUCCUAAGUCUCACGCCACACAGUCGCUCCAUUGGGCUACUUUACACUGCCGGCAGCCAGAUGUGAUGUGGGAACUGCCCACAUUCAAGCAAAUGUUACAGUGACAACGCAAGUAUCAUUGCCUAGCAACGGCGAGUAAACAGCUGUCGCUAGGUAAAGCCUACAACAAUACGGGCAGUGACGUGUUUACAAUGCAAUCCGACGCAAUGUUAUGUAAGAGGGAGAUAUAGCGAUAUUAUAAAGAGAAGAGAGAGGUGUGGGUGUUGCAAGCAGUAAUAUUGUUGGUACUAUACUACUAAUCCUCAGUUCUUCAAAACCAAGCUGUGUACAUCUAACAAGCAACAUGACCACAACGAAUAUCAGAUCACCGUUAAUUCUCGAUCAGUUAAUAAAUUUAUACGACCCCAAAAUAAUGGGAAUAGUAAUUGCCAUCCUGGUUGUUCUAAUAACAAUAGGACUAUUUAUAGUAUGGCGUUAUAAGAAGACUGCCAGAAAGGGAGUCUUACUGAUGGGGUUGAGUGAUGCGGGGAAGACAUUGAUCUACUCACGGUUAUUACACAACAAAUUUGUUCACACCCACACAUCAGUCAAAGAAAAUAGUGGUGAAUAUGACUGUGGCAAGGUUUCAUUAAGGAUCAUUGAUAUUCCGGGACAUGAACGACUUCGGGCAAAGUUCUUUGAUGAAUACAAAGGAACAGCGAGGGGUAUUGUUUACAUUAUAGACUCAAUCACCUUCCAGAAGGACAUUCGAGAUGUGGCUGAAUUCCUGUAUACGCUGUUGUCUGACCCGGUAGUGGCCAGCAACAGGCUCUCGUUUCUUAUUUUGUGCAACAAACAGGACCAGACCAUGGCAAAAGGUUGUACAGUCAUCAAGUCGCUACUUGAGAAGGAAAUGAACGUACUACGCACAACGAAGUCAAGCCAGUUGGAGAGCACAGGUGAAGCUGCUACUAACAACACUUUCCUAGGAAAGAAAGAGAAGGACUUUGAGUUUGUGCACCUGCUUCCUAUCAAAGUAGACUUUGCAGAAUCCAGUGCAUCAAAUGUGGAUCCUGAAAAACCUGUAGAGCUGGAAGCUUUGGAGAAAUGGCUUAUUCAUAUAGCUUGAAUUAUCAUGAAUUGUGCUGCAAAAAUUAUUUCAGUCUCAAUAUAACCAUUCUUUUGUUUUUAUAUAUUGUAUUUGUAAAUUGCAAUUUUGAUAGUUAACACUUGCGUAUGAUUAUUGUUGUGGAAACUUUUGCAGAUUUGGUUAUAAAUGAAAUGAUAUAUGAAAUUUUUGGCUUUUGUUAAACGUUCCUUCCAUAUACGAGUACAUAUUUUUGUUGUGUUGUUUAAAAUGAAGAUUUUUUCCUGAACAAAAGAAAAAGGAGUGAAAGAAAGGAUGGUUAAGACUCAGGUAGGCUGAGAGACUGUUUGCAGUGUUUAUUACUAUUGGGUAUCACACACUAGGACGAUCUCCACAUCCGCAUGAGAAUGUACUCUCGACAGGAUUUAUGGAAGGUGAAUAAAUGAAAUGAAAUUAAAUGAAAUUAACCAUCAUCACUGCUAUUAAAAAGAAGGGAUGCAUGCAAGAUUUCUUCCUGAAUCAAUUUUCACAUUUGUGUACAGUCAUCAAGAAUUUAAUUUAGGCUUUCAGUGACAUGAGAAUUUUAUUUAUCCUCAUGAAUAAGAAGUAAGGUCCAUCAGAUGUAACAAGGUUAAUAAGGGAAUAUAAAAUUUUACCUUUACAUGUUUCAACCACUACUGGGCAGGUUCAGAAGAUGUAACUAACACUCUAAAGAAAUGCCUUACACAUAAGUUGUCUGAAAGGGAUUUUGAAACUUAAAUAUUGUAUAUGUUAAAAGUAAUUAGUUAACAUCAGUUAAAAUAAAUUAAAGGUACUGUAAAGUAGAGGAACAUAAUUGUGUUUUUUUUUAUACUUUUGGUUAUGUAGAAUGUUUAUACAUUGUUGUGUUGUUGUUUGUAUGUAUGUCUGAAAACAUAAUAUAGGACCUUUUUGGUUCUCAA